CUGACAAUACAAAGUUUAUGUUAAAAUGGACGCGCUCCUUUUCAGAAGUAGGAAAGGCGCGGAAUGACGCCGACCGACAGUUCACAUUAGGAGUGAGAUUUUCAUGCGGCCCCUAUGCGGUUUCUAUGUAUGCACAGCAUUAAGCGGGUUAUUCCUGGCUGCCAGCAUUUAGUCAUGCCUGCACUGUGGGAGGAGGGGCUGAGAGGCGGAAUACUGAGGGGCAGAAGCCGCUGCUUAGAGGAAGAGAACCGUGUGGCUUCUACAGGAGUGACGACAUGGUGCUGGAGAUCAUAGCCCGGGUGAUCAAGGUGCAGCUUCCCGCCUAUCUGAAGAAGCUGCCGGUCCCGGACAGUAUCGCUGGCUUCAUCAGGCUGACAGUGUCAGAAUGGCUGCGGUUACUGCCGUUCCUGGGUGUUCUCGCUCUGUUAGGUUACCUUGCAAUUCGACCAUUCCUUCCGAAGAAGAAGCAACAGAAGGACAGUUUGAUCAAUCUCAAAAUCCAAAAAGAAAAUCCAAAAGUGGUGAAUGAAAUUAAUAUUGAGGACCUGCAUAUUGCCAAAGCUGCGUACUGUCGGUGCUGGCGCUCUAAAACGUUUCCUGUCUGUGAUGGCUCCCAUAACAAGCACAAUGAGUUAACUGGAGACAACGUGGGACCACUUAUUCUCAAAAAGAAAGAAGUAUAACGAAUGUUCUACAAUUUUUUGGAAUGAGUGACCUUUGUAGUAGUCUUAAAUAAUUUCAAGACUAGGCUCGUCCAGUGUCCAUUUUGGAAGCUUGAAAUUGAUCCUUGAUACAUUAUUUGAAGGACUGUAUAUGGGAAAAUUGUUUGCCUUAUACAAAACUGAUACACCGUGCCUUGACUAAAAGGCACGAACCACAAUUCUUGAGCAAAUCUGCCUGUUCUUGGCAGCUGUAAAAAAUGUAACAAAAAAAGUACAUCAUCCAAAAGGGCUAGUCUUUUUUUUUUUUUUUUUUUUUUUUUUCAUACCUAACAGUCAGUGAUUCCAUUGGUGAGCUAUAAGCUCAAACUGUCUCCCAAUUUAACAUUAGCCAUAUAUGGGAAGAAUAGUGAAUAGGUGGCAUCCAAGGCCAUGCAGACAUUAGGUGUGUGUAUAAACAACCCCAUGUGCCCACUGGUGUCACAUUCUUGCCUUGUAACAAGAACAGGGAUCUAGUUCUUAUGUGGCUCAACACUGUAUUGUUUGUUCUCUGUAGUGCUUUCUGCUUUUAGUUCAGCUCUAGGCUAGUCAAAAACUGUGGCCUAUGGUACUUGCUGUAAAACUACAAGUAUCAAAGCCAAGCCAUUUAGGCAGGUAACAAGAACGUUUAUAAUGUGGACCAUGAUUUCUAGUGAUCAGUUUUUAAAAAAUGCACCCAAUUUCCUUUAUCAUCUGUGUUUGUUAUGAAAUAUAGAGGACAUCCAUUAACACUGGUGCAAUGGACACUCCUUUUACCUACCUUAUUGGAAAUUUAGAAGUUGACUUGCCUGUCAGCAUCACCUGGUUUACUUGGACCAGCUUUCAUAAAUUUGGUAAAUUCUGCUAAAUAUGUUUUGUUACAGUGCAUUUAAUGUAGUUUUAGUAUGUGUUUCUAUUAUGUAAAUAUAAUUGUCAUUUUUUUUUCUUCAUUCUAUAGCCUCAAAAAGUAAUAAUAAACUAAGCACCAGUACUGCA